AUGACUGUUCAAUCGGCGCUCGUGCCAAUCUCUCUCUUGGUGCUGGUUUCGGGCAUGGUGCACUGUAUGCCGUUGCUGACCCACCAGCGAAAUGACACACUGCUGGACCGUCGCUGGGAGUCCCUAUUUUCUAGGUCAAUGUCUAGGAUCCCGGGGGAGAGAAGAGAAACAAACCGGGAAAGUGACUAUUUGCUGGGUAUCAAGAGGCUGCGACGGCUUUACUGCAACGUGGGCAUUGGAUUUCAUAUUCAAGUUUUGCCAGAUGGCAGAAUAAACGGGAUGCACUCCGAGAACCAAUACAGUUUGUUAGAAAUCUCUCCGGUGGAAGUUGGCGUGGUGAGCCUAUAUGGUGUCAAUAGUGGACUGUUUGUUGCCAUGAAUGGAAAAGGCAAGCUAUACGGAUCAAAACAUUUUACGGACGACUGCAAAUUCAAGGAAACCCUUCUUCCAAAUAACUACAAUGCCUACGAAUCGAGGCGGUACCCCGGAAUGUACCUAGCUCUGGGCAAAAAUGGAAGGACAAAAAAGGGGAACAAAGUUUCUCCCACAAUGACGCUGACGCACUUCUUGCCUCGGAUCUGACAGCUCCAGACCUUGGAAAGGAGAAUCUGACCUUGAGAAAAGGGUGGGGGGUAUAAAGAACUAUGUGCACUUUCAAAGCAAAAGGCUGAUGUAAAAUAUUUAAUUUAAUAAUUUAAAUGUGUAUAUACGGUCAUGUUAAUUUAUAGCCGACUACUUUUUGUAUAAAAUGUAAUAUUUUAUUCCUUUUUUUUGUUGUUGUUUGGAAGGGGGUGGGGGGGGGGAUAAAACAUAGUCUAUUAUUAACUCUGAAGCUGCUGGAUGGGCCUACAAUGUGUUGCUAUGCAAUGUACUGGUGCCAUUGUUGAGCUGUUGGUCACCACUCCAGGUUGUCUACUGUUUACAAGCCAUACGUAUUUCUUGGCUCUAGCAGAUGAGAUGAAACAAGUGUUAGGCUGAAGCUACCAAUGAUGUUUCCUCCACCUCCAGUUACUGGUAGACCGAGGCCGUGUCAGCUUACGUCUUAUACAAGGUGCAGGGGGAGAGGACGACUCCAUGAAAUCUGUUUUUAGACCUGUCACUGCUGAACUCUGAACUUCUCCAGCAGUCAAUCUUUAGCUUGUGUCUCCAAAGGAGCACAUGUCUUUUUAACCCUUUUGUUGGCUAGCACUUAGCAACCCUGUUGAUUUAUCUGCUCGUUAAUUAACACAUAGCAAAAUGUGCUUCUUCUCUUGGUGCUAUUGUACGUAUUGGAUUUGAAGGAAGUCUUUACGAAUGACAUGGUAUUAGAAAAAAAGGGGCAAAAACAUCAAGACCACCGUAGAGGGAACUUGGCCUCCAUCCGACUCACAUUUCGAUUUUUGUGAUAUUGGUAAAAUUGAGCCAAUAUCAUUGGGUCACAGCUCUAAUUGCCAUCAUCAAUGAUUGUUGUUAUGUCUACAGACAUAGCUGGGCCUUUCCCCUCCAGAUUUAGUUCACUGCCCAAGUUUGUUGGCUCCUUCCCCCCCCCCCUGGACAAAUGCCCAGCCGGUCCACCCUAGCUACACCCCUGUGACCACCAAAAUAAGAAGGAGAAUCAGAGCAGAACACAAAGCUACUUUUUGAGAACGUGAGGACAAGACCUCUACGGUGAUGUCGCCUGCCUUGAGUUUGAUGAUGUCAUUGGCGCUUGUGGAGCCGUUUUGCUUUCUAUAGGAGGAUUUUUUUGCCGUUUUCUUAUGUUCAUUCCCGUCAAAGAGAUCAAACGUCUACCUCACUGUCUUGUCGGAGGACUCGUACCCUUGUCACCGUGCCCAGGUCCUCCGUUUUUCCAUAUGUGGCCAAAAUGUACCCCCAAGUAGAAGCCAGAGCUGUCUAUUUCACCCUUGUCACGUUUCAGCUAUCUUUACCCUGCGACUUACUUUUAGUAAGGAUAAUCAUGGCAAAAAUAUUUGCAGGCAGCUGUUGGUCGGCGCUAUAUGGUCGUGAAGUAACCUUAUAUGUUUCAUUAUAUAUAUAUACGUUGCAAAUGUACAGCCUGUUAUUAAGGACCAGAGGGUUCAUAAAACCGCUACCAGGACGAAAAUACUUUCUAAAUCCCUCUCAAUCCAGGAUUGGUUUGGUUUAUGGGCUGAAAUAUUGUAUAUCACCGAUCACUAUAACAGGAUAUAUACUGAUGGGCUACUUUAAUUGCCAAAUUCUUACUUACAUUCCUUAUUAACUCUUCCCUUCUGUAAUCGAACUUCAGUUUCGGACACUGCUGCUUAAAGAAUCAGGUGAAUUUCUAUUUUAAUUUUUUUCAUUUUGUGAGUCCUGUGCAGAUAAUCUGUUUACGUUAGGUUCACACUUAUUUUAAUUAUUUUUUUCUGCUCAAAAAAGUAUAUAUUUUUUUUCUUUUAUUUAUUUUUUCUUAUUUUAUUACUUUUUUUAAUGUAAAGAUAAAUCAUUCUGCUAAUUCUAAUGAAUUGCAAAGAAAAAUCAUAAGGGGAAAAAAAAAAAACACGUAUAAAUGUGAACCUAGAUGACGUAGUCAUGCAUCCACUGUACUAAUGAUGGCGAUUUUGCUACAAUUUAGGGUACUUUCACACUUGCG